AUGUCAAAACACCGCUUAAUUAAUAAUAAUAAGAAUAAUACCAAUGGCAUUACACAACCAUCCUUAAAUCCAGUAUCAAUGGAAAACAGUAGUUCUAGCAACCCAAAAAUAGGUCCUACACCGACGUUAAAAGUUGUAUUGUUGGGAGAUCUGGGUGUGGGUAAAACUUGUUUGAGAUCUCAAUUUGUACAUCAUGUAUUUACCAAUGCAUACAAGGCAACUAUCGGAGGUGAUUAUUUGACAACAUCGGUUAUUCUACCGCAGCAAAUACAACAAUCGCAAUUAUCGUCAUCCACAUCAUCUGUGGAUACCAAAUCAAACUUUGCAACUGCAAGGCUACCGAAUACGAGUACAAAAGUAAAUUUGCAAAUUUGGGAUACAGCCGGCCAAGAAAGAUUUAAUAGUAUAUCACAGGCAUUUUAUCGAGGCACAGAUGUAUGUGUUUUGGUUUAUGAUGUUACCGAUUACGAGUCAGUGCUAAGUAUAAGAGAUUGGUUUAACCGAUUUAUGGAGCAUUGUCAUGUGGAAUUUCCUGGAAUUGUGAUUGUGGGCAAUAAACUGGACAAAUCAAAUGAUCGAUGUGUUGAUUUGAACGAAAUUAAAGAUAUUGUCACUACUAAUACGACUUUUGCCAAUUUGGGAGAUUAUAUUGAUGAUUGGGACAAUUCAUUAAUGGAGAUAAGUGCCAAGCGUCUAGAACUAGUUGAAGAGUUGUUUUUGAGAGUUGCAAGAAUUGGUGUUGACUUGUUGAUGGGCAACAAAGGUGACAACAAAAGAAGAUUGCAACAAUUUGAUAAGAUUGAUUUGAGAGAAACACAUAAUAGAAUGGAUAGUAAUGCUACUAGUUCGUCGUCUAGUUGUGCCUGCUAA